AUGGGAGACAUUCAUGAAAGGUGCUUGUCCCGGUGGGUGGCGAUGUCUAAUAAGGACCAGUGCGAAAUCUGCCAGGAAAAAUACGCUCGAAGUGGUCGGACAUUGAAGGCGCUUAAAGAAUGGGAAAGGCCUCAUAUUGGAUCCGAGGCAACGCUUCAUUUCAUUAAUACAUCUUACCAUUUACUUCUUAUUGUAGGAGAUCCUCUCAUUAGUACUAAUAGCGGCAUUAACGUAUUCUCUAAUCUACUUGGUGAAUCUGAAACUGUUUUACUCGGAACUAAUUGUACACUAUUUAGUUGUGAUGGUGGUACUCGCCUCCACUCUACUCGCCUCAGUGUUCGGCAUUUUUCGGCAAAUCAAGAGAUAUGUGUUCAAGCAAAUGGAAAUAAAAUUCGUCAACAAGUCAUCCGUAACAUUGAAUAA